CCAACAACCAUGGCUGCACCUUUCUCUUUCUCUCUCUCUCUGGCUUUUCUUAAAUUCUAAGCUAACUUAUUAUUACAACUCACCACAUCUUCCCAAAGCAUACCCUCAGUGCAUCUCCCACUUCUUUCUUCCGGUGUGCUCAUCAUCUCCUCCAUUUCUUUGUCAGCUCAACAGAAAUGGGUUCUGGGGACUGGCUUAGGUCAUUGGUUUGCGCUAAAAGAUUGAAACACAAGCAAGGAAAGGUGCAUUCAGCCUCUGAAAAAUCAAAUGGAGCGAAUCCGAAUGACUCCAACAGUACUGUCAAUGGAGGUUCACAAGGCAGCCCUGGUUUACCCAGAAAAUCGAUUGAAGAUAAAGCUGCAACUCGGAUUCAGAAGGCUUUCCGGGCAUAUAGGGCAAGAAAGUUGAUUCGCCGGAUCAGGAGCGCCGGCAGAUUCCAUAUCUUGAUUCAAGACCAAACUGCUCAAAAGCAAACAUCAAAUGCAUUAAGCUACAUUCAUUCAUGGUGCAACGUGCAGGCACAAAUAAGAAACCGCAGACUUUGCAUGGUGAUGGAAGGCCGGCUGAGGCAAAGGAAGCUAGAGAAUCAGUCGAAACUUGAGGCUAAACUUCAUGAGUUAGAGGUUGAAUGGCAUAAUGGGUCUGAAACCAUGGAGGAAAUUCUUUACAGGAUACAACAGAGAGAAGAGGCUGUGGUUAAGCGUGAGCGAGCAAUGGCGUAUGCAUUUUCUCACCAGUGGAGAGCAAACUCUACCCAGUAUCUGGGGCAGGCUUAUUACAGUAUUUGCAAAGAGAACUGGGGUUGGAGCUGGAUGGAGCGAUGGAUCGCGGCACGGCCCUGGGAAGUCAGGGUUAAUGCCAAGCCCAUCAACACAAAGAAAAUCAAGACCAAGCAGCUUAUCAAUGGAGACAAAGUCACCAACCAGCCAGAGUUGAAGUUAAUAGUAGUCUCAACUAAACCUGCUUCAUCAAAUGGGAAUAAAUCUGCAAAAGCAAAGAAAACACCCAACAACCAAAUUGCUGAAAACCAAGCUGCCCAAGAGACUCAAUAGUAGCUUGGCAAAUGAGAGACAAAAAUUUAUAGUUGCCCUCUUGGAUUUGUGUUUUCUUUUGCUCAGGUGGAUUGGUGUGAAUUUUUUUCCCAUGUAGACUGUGAAGUAAGAGAACAAAUCUUCUAAUAUCUUGGAUUGCUUUAUCUACAGUUGUAUACAUUGUGAAUACAUAUAUAUAUAGAAUGAAUGUGUAAUUUUUUAUUGCCUACAAAACUCAUGCCUGUAACUUAUUGAAUGUUGUGCAUGACAUCUAGCCGAUAAUGGAAAAUGCUGAAUCUCCACAGUUUAGAUUUUUCUAUCAGGACAA